AUAUCCCUCCGUAUGUUAACCUCCCGCGAAUAUCCGCAACUUCGUUCUUGAUUUCAGAGCAGCAUGGUGUCUUGAUUUCGCGAGUAUUCCGUCUUCCCGGCUUGGGAUGGGCUCAUCGUUCCGCCAUGAGCGCGGCCGUGAUAAGCUCGUGCGCGCCCCCCGCCUCCGUCACGGACUCAGAUGAACGAACAGCCGCCGUCCCAGCUAUCCACCGACGCGCUCUACGAGCUUCUGCGACCGGUAACGGUUCGGCCGGAGUCGCCAAGGUCGAGGUUCUACAAUUGGGCUCACACAUAUACCUGCAAGCCCGUCGCGGUAUUCGAGCCGGAGCACGAGCGUCAAUGCGAGCUGAUCGUGGAAUUGGCCCGACGGGAGGGAAAGACUGUCCGAGCGGCGGGCGUGGGCCACAGCCCGAGUGAUCUCCCAUGCACGAAGGACUUUUUGGUUCGGGUGACGAAGUUGAACAGGCUAUUGGAGGCCAACUAUGAGAAGAGAUACAUCGUGGUAGAAUCAGGCAUCACUCUUGUCGACCUGAACGAGCAGCUCCUGCAGCACAACCUCGCGCUCACGAGUAUAGGGUCUAUAUCCGAGCAAACUCUCGCAGGCACCAUCGUCACCGUCAAUCACGGCUCGGGGCUGAACUACGGGACCUUAUCGACCCACGUCUUGGAGCUGACCAUUCUCCUCGCUGAUGGCAGCAAAGUUCGCUGCUCACGAGAGGAGCUGCAGGACCUAUUCAUGGCGACUAUAUGCGGGCUCGGGAGUACUGGACUCAUCCUGACGAUCAAAUUCGAAGUCGAACCCGCGUUCCGUCUGGAGGAGAGACGGUUCGCUCUCACAUUUGAUGAGGCAAUGGAGAGCUUCUUCGAUCUCGCGCAGCGAUCCCAGCAUACGCGGCUCUGGUGGUUCCCUCAGACGAAUCUUAUGCAAGUGAGCCUUGCUGACCGUACGGACAAGCCAAAACAUAGAGAACACAGCUGGUUAUGGGAAACGGUCAUAGGAUAUCACCUCGUGCAGCUCCUCCUAUUCCUGGGACUGUUCGCACCGACUCUGAACGUCUGGGCAGGCCGCCUGGUAUCUUGGCUUAUCCAGGAGCCGACUGACGCAGUCGACGACAGUCAUUGCAUAUUCAACGUCGAGCACCGCUAUUGGCAAUAUACUAUAGAGUACGCGGUCGAUUAUCGUGAAGCACCGGCUUGUCUACGGGAUCUCCGAAAGUGGCUCGACAAGGAGCAUUCGGACCCUUGCGGCCUCCGCCCGCACUUCCCUAUCGAAAUACGGUUCUCAUCGGCGGAUGAUAUAUGGCUGAGUCCCAGCAACGGCAGGACGACGUGCUGGAUCGGAAUCGCACAGUAUAAGCCUUAUGGACUCGAUGUUCCGUACCGAAGGUUGUUCGACGAGUAUGGUGCAAUCAUCGCCCGCCAUGGUGGCCGUCCGCACUGGGCUAAGGCUCACCAUCUGCGUCCUGAAGAGGUGCGCAAGCUGUACCCGAAAUUCGAUGAUUUCCUGCGUACUGUCAAGAAAUACGACCCGUCGGGGAUGUUCCGUAACGAGUAUGUCGGGAGACAUAUCUUUGGAGCCAGUGGACCGGAAUAUUACGAGGGAGUUUUUCUUCGUUAUGUGCCUUUACGUGCAUGAUCAGGACUAGGUGUAUGCAGGUGUACGAUGUCUUGCUUGAUCUGAUAUAUUGCUUAUGUUGUGAUCAGUAGAAGCAAUGGGUACAGUAGUCAUUGGGAAUUAAUCCGUCAAGGGAUGUAUGCUAUAGUACUUGAUGCAGGACUUAUGAGAGACCCUGAGAUAUGAUACAGGGGAGGACACUGACAACGGCCCCCGAUAGCCCAAUCCAACUACUCUUCCCAACCCAUUGCCUGAUCCCGCUUAGCCUUCCUGUAUGCAUCCCUUUCAGCUUCAGUAAGACAUAACCACCCGUCGAUCGUCUCCUCCAACUCCAUCUCCCACUCUUCCUCCAUUUCCAGCUGCUUCUUCGAUUUCC